GCAGGUGGGGCUGCCGGCUCCUCCGUGCGCCCUGCGCAGGUUCCCCGCCGCCCGGAGGGUGGGUGCCGGCGCCUCGGGGCUGCGCCCUCCGCGAGUCCGGAGCCCAACUGGCCGGCGCCCCGCGAUCAUGGACCACAGGGACGGCGGCUCCCGGCUGGCGGCGCGCCCCCGGGCUGUGGAUGCGCCUCGCCCCUCGGCCACGCUCCCCGCCCGCCCGCCCGCCGGGACGCGGUAGGGGAUGCCCCGCUCCGCGGCGAUGGCCGGCGGCGCGCUGUCCAGCUCCCUCCUGGUCACCUGCUGCCUGAUGGUGGCCCUGUGCAGCCCGGCCAUCCCGCCGGAGAAGCUGGCCCAGGCGCCCGAGCGGCCGGGCCCGGAGAAGCGCGAGCACGCCCCGCGUGACGGCCCGGGGCGGGUGAGCGAGCUGGGGCGCCCGGCGAGGGACGAGGGCGGCGGCGGCCGCGACUGGAAGAGCAGGGGCGGCCGCGCGCUCGGCGGCCGGGAGGCGUGGGGCCGGCAGAAGCAGGCCUGGGCCGCCCAGGGCGCGGGGGCCAAGGCCGGGGACCUGCAGGCUCGGCCCCGCGGGGACACCCCGCCGGAGGAGCCCCCCUCCGCCGCCGCCCCGGACGCAGCCGGCCCCGACCCCGCGCCCGCGACGGAGCCGCCCGACGAGUACGCGUACCCGGACUACCGCGGCAAGGGCUGCGUGGACGAGAGCGGCUUCGUGUACGCCAUCGGGGAGCAGUUCGCGCCCGGCCCGUCGGCCUGCCCCUGCCUGUGCACCGAGGAGGGCCCGCUGUGCGCGCAGCCCGAGUGCCCGCGGCUGCACCCGCGCUGCGUCCACGUGGACACGAGCCAGUGCUGCCCGCAGUGCAAGGAGCGGAAGAACUACUGCGAGUUCCGGGGCCGCACCUACCAGACCCUGGAGGAGUUCGCGGUGUCCCCGUGCGAGCGCUGCCGCUGCGAGGCCAGCGGGGAGGUGCUGUGCUCCGUGUCCGCGUGUCCCCAGACCGAGUGCGUGGACCCCGUGUACGAGCCUGACCAGUGCUGCCCCAUCUGCAAAAACGGUCCCAACUGCUUUGCAGAAACCGCCGUCAUCCCCGCGGGGCGAGAGGUGAAGACGGACGAGUGCACCGUCUGCCACUGCACCUACGAGGAGGGCACGUGGCGGGUCGAGCGGCAGGCCAUGUGCACCCGCCACGAGUGCCGGCAGCGGUAGGCCCCGGCCGCACGGAAACGCCGGCUCCUUCUGGAACACUUCCCUGAUGGAACAUUCUAGAGGACUCUGGGAAGUGCCACCCAAAAGGAGACUUUUGAUGAGGAACAAUGGGGAAUUGUUGGUACUUUUGCUUUUCUUGGUAACAAUUACUGCAAGAGAAGGAAAUGGAUGUAUUUCAAAACAUCACCGAGAACUUUGGGCAUGAAGCCCCUCUCUCAAUAAACGUGCUAUU